AUGAAGUUCACCACCGCCGCCACCCUCUCCGCCCUCACGGCGUCCGCCAUGGCCGCCGCCAUUGCCGACCCCAAGGCCAACCCCGUCAUCGAGGCCGUCAAGCGCGACGCUGCUCCCGCUCCCGCCGAGGAGGCGCCCGCUUACGUCUGGGCUUCGUCUGCUAAGGCCAAGCGUGAUGCCGCCGAGGAGGCACCUGCUUACGUGUGGGCGUCUUCGGCCAAGGCCAAGAGGGACGCUGCUGAGGAGGCUCCUGCAUACGUCUGGGCCUCAUCCGCAAAGGCUAAGCGCGAUGCCGCUGAGGAAGCUCCCGCCUACGUCUGGGCGUCGUCGGCUAAGGCGAAGAGGGACGCUGCUGAAGAAGCUCCUGCUUACGUCUGGGCAUCUUCCGCAAAGGCGAAGAGGGACGCCGCUGAGGAAGCCCCCGCCUAUGUCUGGGCAUCCUCUGCAAAGGCCAAGCGUGAUGCUGCCGAAGAGGCUCCCGCAUACGUUUGGGCAUCAUCUGCUAAGGCGAAGAGGGACGCCGCUGAGGAGGCUCCCGCCUAUGUCUGGGCGUCGUCUGCGAAAGCCAAGCGUGACGCUGCUCCCGCCGAGGAAGCUCCUGCCUAUGUCUGGGCUUCGUCUGCGAAGGCCAAACGCGAGGCUGAGCCUGCUGAGGAAGCUCCCGCAUACGUUUGGGCUUCGUCUGCGAAGGCGAAGAGGGAUGCCGCCGAGGAGGCUCCUGCUUACGUUUGGGCCUCGUCCGCUAAGGCGAAGCGUGACGCUGCCCCCGCCGAGGAAGCUCCCGCGUAUGUUUGGGCGUCUUCGGCUAAGGCUAAGCGCGAUGCUGCCGAGGAGGCUCCCGCCUACGUCUGGGCCUCUUCGGCCAAGGCUAAGCGUGAUGCCGCUCCGGCUGAGGAGGCGCCUGCUUACGUUUGGGCCUCGUCCGCUAAGGCGAAGAGGGAUGCCGCUCCCGCUGAGGAAGCUCCUGCCUACGUGUGGGCUUCGUCUGCGAAGGCCAAGCGCGACGCUGCUCCCGCUGAGCAGUAG